AUGUGGUCAAAACUAAGCAAUGCACUUAAGCGCUCGGGCAAUGAGCAAUAUGAUACUGAACCAUUGCAGACUCUGGAUGUCAUGUCUAGCGUCCUCAAACAACAUCCCAAUCUCUCUGUAUUUCAUGAAGUGCAGGAUCAGGAAGAACCCACGGAAGUCCCGUUUCCUAUUCCUAGUCCACCCGGUUCGCCUUCUCUGAACGGCCGCCGUGGAAUGUUCAAGCGCAUGUCUAAAGGCAAGAUCGAUCUGAUGGAGGGUGCAAUGCCUUCUCCUCCCCCACUCAAACUACCAUUACCACUAAAGAAGGUGAAGGCUCAUCUUACUCUUCCUACAAACGGCUCUGAAACAUCUCUCCGCUCUCCAGACUCUGCAACUCACGCUUUCUAUGAUACGUCUCGACCAUCCUUGGAUAGUAUAAGGCUACCCGAGAGCCCUGUCGACUCGAAAUUUAGCUCAAUCCGCUCCAUUCUUAGGGACCGUAACACACCCGGGACAGGUCAAAGUGUGCGUUUCUUCUCGCGCGACGCCUACAAGGUUAUCAGCCCCGAUGUAUCCGCUGCCAGCGAGGCUGAGGAGCCCCCGUUGAUUGAACGUCUACAGAAUGCCGGCGGGGCCUCCAAGUCCGAGAUAUCUCGCGCGCGCAACCGCCCUCGUGCAUCCCCCAUCAAUGUCGUGAUGGCACCUAUUCCUCUGGACUUGUCCAACAUCUUUGAUCUCUCGCCUGAGCUUGACGUACCCUUCAUAGCCCCCGUUCCUGGGACAACCCUUCUCGACUCCGCGGUUGAAAUUAUAGACGACGACGAAGAGGAACCCACCGUGACCCCACAAAUCAUUGCUCCCAAUUCGGAGGAGCCAACGAUUGUCUUGCCAAUCGAAAGGUUGCCGAUUCACGAUCGCAGUUACUCCUUUAGCUUUGGUCAGAAGGUUUUUUCAGCCCUGCCUACAGUCCCUGCAGAUAAGAUACCAUUAGAUGCAGCAACGGAGAUCGCUCGAUCGCCGAGUCGCAACCGCUCCAUGAGCGACACUUUCUUCAAUCCUAAGCGUACGGCAAAGGCCCCGGAGUCGGAUAUCAACGAUAUAUCAACCUCUUCAUUCGUCGUUUAUUCCGCACCUGCAGAACGCGCCGAACCAGAUCCAUUCCGUGCUAAUGCCACGACAUAUUACACACCGGGUGCGGUCAUUCCCCCUACCCCUCCCAAGGGGAUGCAUGCACGGAAAGUGUCUCGUGAGGAAGACGAGAUCUUUUCUCUUCGUACGCAGUUGGCCCUUCAGCAAGAGAUGUGCGCGCAGUACGAGCUUGACCUUGGUGCACGCGAUGAGCUCGUGAACACGCUCAACUUACGGCUCGAGGUAAUAGAGAAGGAUGCUGACAAGCGGAAGAGUUUAUUGCGAGGAUGGAAGAAGAAAGUCCAGGAGCUCGAGCGAAUGUGUCGCCAUCUGGAAGAGGAGGUGGAGAACAGCCGACAAGAGAGCUUCGAGAGGAGUAUCAUGGACGAAGCGAGCGGCGAGGCUCUAACACAACUUCAUAGACGGAUCUCAGAUCUGGAGCGGGAGAACGGUGAGAUUGUGAAGAGAGGAGAGGGAUGGAGGGCGGAGAGGGAGCAUAAGGAGGAGCUACUGCGCGAGCAAGAGCUUUUGUUGGCUAAGCUCAAGGAUGAGCUAUCUCAACGAGAUGUGGGGGAGACCUUAUUGAAGGAGGGUAUUCGAAAUGCUAAAGAGCAGAUGGAGGAAAUGAUGCUUUCUUCUGCUGAGGAAGACCUAGAGAGCGCUGUGAUGGUCCAGGAACAUGAACAGGAGCGGCGUCAUCAAGUCAGCCUUGAGUGGGACGAGGAGCGCAGUCGUCUGAUCACCGCUGCGGACGAGGCGCAGAGAACGCGAGAGGCAUUAGAAAGCGAGCUGGACAAGACUCGGGGAGCUCUACUAGCGAAGGAACAAGAAGUCUCUGUGUUGACGGCCGAGUUGGAGGCACAGUGGAAGAAUACGGAGGUGACUGGCGAGCGGAUGGAGGAGUUGAAGCGGGAGAAAGCGAUCCUUCAGAACGAGCUUGUUUCUCUUGAAGGCAAACUCGAGUCCAUGGAGACGGACUGGUCUAACAGCGAGAACAAGAGGCUACAGAUGGAGAACGAAAUCAAUGAGGCCUUGGCUGCAAAGGAUGAGCUCGAUAGGCAAAGAGACCAGCUGGAGGAGGAGCUCCGUUCCGAGCAGGAACACUCUGAUCAGUUGACUCAGUCUCUCCGAGAGCGAGAGGGCCGUGUAAACUCACUGGAGCAAGAGCUCAAGUAUGCUCUUGAUAAUGCCGCGCGUCUUGAACAGCGCGUUCAACAACGUGACGCUGACGUCGAGGAACUUGCUCAUAAGGUGGUCGCUCGCGAGGACGAGGUCGAAGACGUUCGCGAAGCGUUGUCGACAGCCAAGCGUGAGCACGCGCGCGCAUUGGACGAGCAGCGGCGGGCGGUCAUCGACCUCUCCGCACUUGAAGGCGGCGCGCGCACACAAUUGGAGGCAGCGAUCAAGGCUAAAGCCGAGGCGGAUGUGGCGGCGAGCACGAUGAAAGACCGCGUUGCUGCAUUGGAGCAAGAUAUUGAACGACUCCAUAAACAGGUUCAUACACUCAAGACAGAGAGCGCCGACAAGGAGGUCAGCCUCGUUCAGAUGGAAAAACAGAGGGAUCAUCUCCGUGAUGACGUACAAGGUCUGACUAUAGCAUUGGACUCAAAGCAGCAGGAGCUCGAGCUAUUAAAGAGGCGCAUGGGCGUGAAAGGCACUGCAGGCACUACACCCGCACCCAGUAAGGCCACGACUCACCGACGAGAAUCGUCGUCGGCUUUUACCACACCAUCCAUAAACUCCCGGCCAUCGUCGCGCUUGUCCGAUGGGAGCAAAGACGUAGUCAAGGUUGGGCGACUGUCAGAACCACCCUCCUCGACACGACCGACGACCCUAGGAAAGAGUGUUCGCACCAACGGAUCAGCAAGUAGCACCCCAUCCACCAGCACGGGCCUCAUCGGUACACCUUCCACAGCGAAACCUUUACGUGCCAACGGCUCGAUUGGCCCUCCUCCCGUUAAACCUCGUAUGUCCGCAGCUACGCCAACACCCUCACACUCUCGGUCACCACCGACUUCAGUUCCCCGCUCUAGCAUCGCUGCCCAUUCCUCCACGUCUUCAACUCCCAUGGUGAGCAACCUCCGACGAGCCUCAUCGGCCGCGCCGGCAGAGAUCUCACGAACAGCCAGGCCCAAUACGACUCAUAACCGCAGCGUGGUAAGCCCCGUCAUCAGCAAGCGGGAUGAAAAGGAGAACACUGAGCCGCAAAAGCGGAGAUCUCCUGUCAUUGCGUAGAGUGCGACUUGAGUCAAGCUUUCUGUCAGCGUGAGGAGGGUAUGCCAUGUAGACUCAUAUUUGCUCUUGAUCUUAUUCUUGUUUGCUGCGCUGUCCUUGUUUUAUUUUUUUGCUCAUUCGAUGUUGCUGUCUUUCUGUCGAUAACUCCCUCCAGGCACAACCACUUAUGUCCGGUCGACCCUACUUUUUCCAUACCUACAAGCCUCCCCCCCACUAUGCACUCAUCCAUUGUUCCACUCCUCGUCAUCGCCGCCCACUUGGCAGGAAGGCAUCGUUAGUUGUCUCAAGUCGCUAUGAAUGCAUCAGUCAGCUGUUGUAUGAUAUUGUGUUUAGUUUUGCAUAUGUCUUUUUGCGCUCGAUCG